AUGGCGGACACAUGCCGAGUGCCACGCGCAUCGUACGAUUCGCAAGCCACCGCUUCCGAUGCAACCAUGGAUCAAGACGAAAAGCUCGAGCGUUACAGAGAUACCUAUCCUGAAAGCUCUGCCAUCUAUCCACCCAACCAAACAUCUUCACCAUAUACUCCUCGUCUCACGGACGAUCUGGAAGAUGGUCUUGGUACACAGUUGGACGAUGACGAACAGGUUGGAUUGAUGCAGGCUGAUAGAGACGCACGAAGCGCACGACGUCGAGGCGCACCCGUGUGGUCCAUGAUGGCGUCCAAGAAACGUGCGAGUAUGUAUGCAGGCUGCUUGAUCUGCACUGGCGUCGUGAUCGGGUUUGUGCUCGGAUUGCCGUUGUUGCAAUGGCUGUCGUCGAACACGAGCACAUCGACAAGCGCCUCAGCAACACCUGCACCAUCGCUUGCCGACUCUUUCACGGCCGACAAGACAGAUGCUCUUUCAAGCUUGCACGCUUCAUCGACAGCGUCGACAGCGUCUGGCGAAUGGAAGCAAUCGGCUUCCCCAGAUACCGCCGCUGGCCACUACGCGUUUUCCAACACCUCGGUGUUUCAGGUCGACUUCCAAGACGCAGGCUGGAACACUUUCGCCCAAGCUGCCGCUGGAACCGGUCUGGACAUCGACCAAGUCUCAUCCUCCAAGUCCAAGUCUGGUCAGGACCUCAUGCCUCUCGACAUGGACACUGUCUUUGGUGGCACGCUUUCACCGCAGUCGAGCGAUCUCACGUGGUGCGAGCAAGAUCCAGACCAAGGCGUGUUCAGCCAUGUCGACUGGGCCAAGCGCAAUAUCUGGCUCGAAGACGUCACACAUGCUCGCCACCAGAAGACCGGCUUGGGCAAAGUCGCCUCGUUUGGCGGCAAGAGUCUCAUCGUCCAAGGCAAGAAUGUGGUAGAUGACAGAGGAAGGAUGCUGGACUGGACGAGCUACAAGUUCUCGCCGGACGUGCGAUGGGUUCUCUUCUUCACCACCGAGACCAACCAGUGGCGGUAUAGCAAAAAGAGUCAUCUAUGGCUGCACAACAUUGCUACCCAGAAGACGGUGCCACUUGGUUCGGGUCCGCGCGUCCCACCCAAAGUUACGUUUGCAGCCUGGGCGCCGGCACCGGCUCCCGCAACAAGCGCAUCGGCUGCGGCUGCGCAGGAUGCUCCGAGUAUCGCAUUCGUCGAAGACAACAAUCUCUUCGUAAUUCCUCGCGCUGGCGAACCGGCGGUCCAGGUAACUCAGGAUGGUGCAGCAACAAUCUUCAACGCUGUACCGGACUGGGUGUAUGAAGAAGAGGUGUACGGCUCUGACUCGGUCAUGUGGUUCAGUCCUCGAGGUACCAAACUCGUGUUUUUGCGCUUGGACGAGACUGAGGUGCCCGUGUACGAGUUUCCAAGAUACAACCCGGAUCCGUACCGGUCUGGCUUGACGACGCCAUAUCAGAACAUGACGCGCAUGAAGUAUCCCAAGCCCGGAUUCGCGAAUCCUACGGUCAGCGUAAAGAUGAUCGACCUGGACGAGAUUCGCGACGCGACAAGGAAAGGCGCUAGUGUGAUGCCGACCCAGUACACGCUGCACAGCCCGGUGUCGGAUAAAGGCAAGGCGACCAACGAGGUGGAUCGGGUGCUUUCGAGCGAUGCUGGCGCUAAAGAGCGCUUGGUGACCGAAGUCAAAUGGGUUUCGGAUACCGACUUGCUGGUGAAGGAGACGGAUCGGUACAGCGAUGUGAUGAGGAUAGUGCUGUUUGAUUUAUCGCCCCAGGCCAAAGCCAGCGCUGCAGGAACCCAAGUGGUGGGUCAAGUGGUGAGGAGACAGGACGCGCGCGCUGACGCCAGCGGCUGGAUUCGUGCGGCGCAGACCAUCGAGCCACUCUCGCAUCACAAUCUGUCGAUCGGAUCCACUGCUUAUCUCGAUAUUGUUGUCUCAACCGAUGGAUAUCGACACCUGGCGUACUACGAAACCGCAACGUCGGACAAGCCCGUCUUUUUGACGCGCGGUCGAUGGGAGAUCGCCGAGCUCAAACACGUGGAUGCGAAACGUGGCAGAGCGUACUUUAUUGCGGCAACGCCGACGCCAGCGCUACGCAACGCAUACUACGUCGAACUGCCGGAUUGGAAAACGACAUCCAAGCCAACUCGGUAUACAGUCAAGCAGCCGGUCGCGAUCACCGACGUCUCGAAACCUGGAUCGUACGACGUCAGCUUUGAUCCCAAGGGUGCCUACUACGUCGUAGACUAUCGAGGGCCCGACGUGCCUUACCAAAAGGUGGUGGGUGUCGAUGAUCCCAAGUUUGAGCUCAUGCUGGAGGAAAAUACGCUACUUCGGCAGAUCUCGAGUCAGUACGUCAAGCCGUCAAGUACGUUCUACCAGCUCGUGCUCAACAGUACUCUGCCGGAUGGAAGCGCGACGGUCGUGAGCGUCAAGGAGAUUCGUCCGCACGACUUUGACGCGUCGGGAGCGACCAAAUAUCCCGUACUGGUACGCGUGUAUGGAGGACCGGAUUCGCAGCUCGUCGAUGCGCGAUGGAACCGUGCUGACUGGCAUCAGUACGUAGCCUCUACGCUCGGUUACAUUGUGGUUGUCGUCGAUGGACGCGGGACUGGAUUCAAAGGUCAAUUGUACCGCUCGUGCGUGGCUGGCAACUUGGGCCAUCUAGAAGCGCAGGACGUCGCGGAAGCCGCGUCGCUCGUCUCGACGCUGGGCUACGUGGAUUCCAGACGCAUCGGUCUGUGGGGCUGGUCGUACGGCGGAUAUCUGACCGCCAAGACGAUCGAGCUCGCGUCCAACGUGUUUAGCCUGGCGGUCUCAGUAGCUCCGGUCACCAACUGGCUCUUCUACGACUCGGUCUACACGGAACGAUACCUGAAAUCGCCCAUAACUAACAAACACGGUUACGACACAGCGGCUGUACACGUCAAUACGCGGUUUGCAAAGACAAAGUAUCUGCUCAUGCAAGGAUCGGCGGAUGACAAUGUUCACUUUAGCAAUUCGGCGCACAUGCUGGAUCUGCUGACCAAGGCGAAAGUGAGAGGAUUCAGGUUUAGGAUGUUCACGGAUUCAAGCCAUAGUGUGAGUACAAGGGGGGCGUAUCGAGAACUGUUUGAGGAGAUGACGGCAUUCUUGACCGAGACGUGGGGUGCAGGUGGAAAGAGAGAGGACAAGAACCAUCUGACCGGCAAAAAGGGUCGCCCGGCGCUGCAUAAUUCCGUAGAGUAG